AACAUCAUUAAAUAUGCUCAUAUCGUUUAUCAGAGCCUAAAAUAUUGGACUCAUCAGCCUACUCCGGUCUACUUGGGGAAUUGGUUAUAUGAUCACGGAGAGAAUAAUGAGAUAGAACUGCGGCAGUACAAGGAAGGCGAUACGCACUCUCGCAUCAUUGUGAGCCAGUCUCGCCUGAGAUAUUGAGAUGGUGGGCUGGACCCUGAAGCACCUACCCCUGAGCUCUUCCGUGGAUGCGCUCUGAAAUCGCAUCCAAUCCAUGGAACACCUCGACCAAGAUAGUCAUGGCGAGCGGAAACAAUGAAAAACCCAGUGAAGCAAUAGACUGCUCUCAUUUCCUCAAAACUUCACAGUUCACCUCCAUCUUCACACCUCACACCCUCAGCUGCAACUUUAUAAAGUCAACUUCAAGUCAAUACAAUAUCUCCAUCUACUACGCCAUACAUAAACCUCAGGGUAACUUUCUCAGCCGAAGCAGCCAUGUCAAGCACCAUUUCGGCCCUCACAAGCACCUAUACCAGCAUCCUCACUACCAUCAACGAGCACGCCACCAUUACAGACCCCAUUACCACACUCGUCAAGACAUCCGCCAUCGCCAUCGGGAUCGCUGUUGGAUAUAUACUCUUCUCUUGUGGGCCCACUACGUGUGGAGGCGUCCGUCAAAUUCGCAGGCCAUUGGCGCCUUGGGAGCACGUCAUCGUGCCCAGAGAUCCCAGGCGCUGGUGUCUUUGUGAGCUCGUUGACGGAGAUACCAACGAGUUUGCGGCGUGUGGGAAGUGCUUCGAUCGCGACCCGUAUGCGUGGAAAUAGGGCGCUCCGGGAAGGGAGAGGAGAGAGUCGAUGGUGGCUGCGGAGAAGCACCAAGUUCUAGA